GGGUUACUCAGGGCCAUUGGUACAGUAGCGGCAAGUCAAAAGACCGGAGGUGACAUCAGCGAGGAACACGACUGUAAACCCCGUGACAAGAAAUAACAUGCCGCCUCUGAUCUGCGUGGUAGUGUCACUAUGCUGCAUCAUAACAGUGUAGUGUUAUUAUUACUAAGCGCACAAGAGAAUCUAAGCGCUUUGGGUAGGCUACGCGCGCCAGAUGGGGAGAACGGCAAUGUUCAGCUGCCAAGCCUUGCCAGCUAACCUCUUAGCUUAGCCAUUUUUGGUCAGCAAAAUGCCGUGAUCACUACAGAGAACAUCUUUUCCGUGGAUUUGUGAAGUGGAAUGAAAAUGACAGGAAUCAAGGCACGCUUGUCAGCUGUGAGACGGAGGCUGAGGCUGGACCUCAUCAAAGAAGCUGGGCGGCAGUAUCCAGUCUUCUGCUUCCUUCUGCUUAUUUUGCUUCUAUCUACUCUUCUCCUGAAUAGAUACAUUCACAUUAUCAUGGUGUUUUGGUCCUUCCUGGCUGGAGUUGUGACGUUCUAUUGCUCACUGGGACCAGACACUCUGCUGCCAAACAUAUUCUCGUCAAUAAAGCCAACAGUAAAGCAAGACCAACAGGAACUAUUUCCACUUGGUCACAGCUGUGCAGUAUGUGGCAAGAUAAAGUGCAAAAGACACAGGCCAACGUUACUUUUAGAAAACUACCAACCGUGGCUCGAUCUUAAGGUCCACUCCAAGGUGGAUGCAUCCCUAUCAGAGAUUUUGGAGCUGGUCUUGGAAAAUUUCGUAUAUCCAUGGUACAGAGAUAUCACAGAUGAUGAAGCCUUUGUGGAUGAGUUGAGAGUCACCCUACGCUUUUUUGCUGCAGUGUUGGUACGACGGAUACAGAAGGUGAACGUCCCUUCGCUCAUCACACAGAAACUACUGAAAGCUGCCAUGAAGCACAUUGAAAUCAUUGCCAAAGCGAGGCAGAAAGUGAAGAACACGGAGUACCUCCAGCAGGCUGCUCUGGAAGAGUAUGGGCCCGACCUGCAUGUAGCGCUCCGCAGCCGCAGGGACGAGCUGCUGUACCUGAGGAAGCUGACCGAGAUGCUCUUCCCCUACAUCCUGCCGCCAAAGGCAACCGACUGCAGGUCCUUAACCUUUUUGAUGAGGGAGGUGCUGUCUGGUUCGGUCUUCCUUCCCUCCAUGGACUACCUGGCAGACCCUGAUACAGUCAAUCACCUACUACUGAUAUUUAUUGACAAUUCUCCGCCAGAGGAGGCCACAGAGGAAGCCUCAGCCCUGGUGCCAUUCCUGCAGAAGUACUCUGAUGUCCGCAACAAUAAAGUCUCAGUGCUAAAGUUGGAGUUGAAGGAGAUCCGUGAGCAGCAGGACCUGCUGUUCCGCUUCAUGAACUUCCUGAAGCAGGAGGGGGCCGUGCACGUGCUGCAGUUCUGCCUGACCGUAGAGGAGUUCAAUGACAAGAUCUUGUGUCCUGAACUGACGGAUGCUGAAAAGCUGAUGCUCCACGAGGAGGUAAAGAAGAUCUACACGACCUACUGUCUGGAUGAGAGCAUUGACAAGAUUCGCUUUGACCCUUUCAUUGUGGAAGAAAUCAGGAACAUCGCUGAGGGUCCGUAUGGUGAGGUGGUGAAGCUGCAGACCAUGCGGUGCCUGUUUGAAGCUUAUGAACACGUCUUGUCUCUUCUGGAGAACGUCUUCACCCCCAUGUUCUGCCACAGUGACGAGUACUUCAGACAACUUUUGCGAGGGGCUGAGUCCCCUACCAGGAACUCCAAGCUGAGCAGCUCAUCCGAGUGGGACUAUCUGCUGGGUGGAUGGGACUCCCCUUCCAUCUCCCCCGGCUCGUCCCCUGCCUCCUCCAUCUCCUCCCUCCAUUACCAGUCCCUUCACUCCUCCCCGUCCAGCACCCGCGCGGCCUCGCUGAAGAACACCUCCAAGCGAGGAGAGUCGUUCGGGAUCAGUCGGAUAGGGAGUAAAAUCAAAGGCGUGUUCAAGAGCACCACCAUGGAAGGAGCGAUGCUGCCCUCCUAUGGUCUGGCGGAGGGAGAGGACGACAUGGUGGAGGAGGCCAUGAUGGUGAUGGAGGAUGAUGCUCCUCCGCUGGAGGCCAUCAGCACCCCCACCACCCCCCGCAACCUCUCAGCCUGGAACAUCACCAUCCCCUACGUGGACCUCUUUGACGACGAGGUCAAGAAGGAACGCAUCCCUGUCUACUGCAUCGAUGUGGAGAGGAAUGACAGGUGUGGCGUGGCCAAUGAGACUGAGCAGUGGUGUGUCUACAGACGAUAUGUGGAGUUCUAUGUCUUGGAGUCGAAACUCACCGAGUUUCACGGAUCCUUCCCAGAUGCCCAGCUCCCUUCUAAAAGGAUCAUUGGUCCGAAGAACCAUGAGUUCCUGAAGUCCAAACGGGAAGAGUUUCAAGAGUAUCUACAGAAACUACUUCAACACCCUGAACUCAGCAACAGCCAGUUAAUUGCAGACUUCCUCUCUCCUCACAGCAUGGAGUCUCAGUUCCAUGACAAGAUGCUCCCUGAUGUCAAUCUUGGGAAGAUAAUUAAAUCUGUUCCAGGAAAGUUAAUAAAAGAAAGGGGACAGCAUCUGGAGCCGUUUAUCAACUCGUUCUUCAACUCCUGUGAGUCACCCAAACCCAAACCUAGCAGACCUGAGCUGACCAUUCUCAGUCCCACCUCUGAGAACGAUAAGAAGCUUUUCAAUGAAUUGUUCAAAAACAAUGCCAACCGCUCUGAAACCAGUGAGAAGAAGCAUAACCAGAAUUACUUCAUGGAGAUGAUCAAUGUUGAAGGAGUCUAUGAUUAUCUAAUGUAUAUCGGGAGAGUUGUGUUCCGUAUUCCCGAUUGGUUACAUCACCUUUUGAUGGGUGGAAGAAUACUCCUCAAAAACACACUGGAAGCCUACACGGACCACUACCUUAAACACAAGCUGGAGCAAGUCAUGCUGGAGCAUCGUGUGGUGUCCCUCAUCACCCUGUUGAGAGAUUCUGUAUUCUGUGAAGCCUGUGAACCCCGUUCUCUUCAAGAUAAACAGAAAAGAGCGAAGAAAACAUUUGAAGAAAUGAUGAGAUAUAUACCAGAUUUUCUGACCAAAUGCAUCGGAGAAGAGUCUAAGUAUGAGGGGGUCAGGCUCCUCUUUGAUGGACUGCAGCAGCCCGUGCUAAACAAACAGUUGACCUAUGUCCUGUUAGACCUGGCAAUCCAAGAGGUCUUCCCAGAACUCGGAAAGGUGCAGAAAGAGACAUGUCUUCUGAUGGCUCCAUGGAUGUAGAACUCUACCAACAAACUGUUCUCCCCGCUCCACCUGCAUGUGCAAUCUACUGUAUGAAUGCAUAACACUGUACCUCCGUCCUAACUAUAGUAAUGCUUUUCUCAGCCCUGCCAUUAAGACUACUGUAUGGUGUGAGUAAGGAUAAGUCACACUGUAAAGAAGUUAUGGAAAAAGUCACUGUCAUUUAAUUAUGUUAUGGAAAAUAACUAAAUAAAUUAUAUAUUGCCUA